GUCAACAAACCGCAUCGGUGGAAUUAGUUCUGUCGUAGGUAGGCGCCUUCAACCAAAUAAAACACCACAAUUCACAGGAACACAUUCGAAUCAAGGCCUUCCAUUCAAUCAAAUCAAAUCAAAUCAAAUCUAAUACUGCUAAUCGUCUCCAUACUCGAGCGUUUUCCUCUGCAUCAGGCCUCUCAGCUCUUCAAUUUCUUGCUUCGCAUCGUGAGAUCGAAGGCAACAACGCAUUCUACGUUGUCGAUAUUACUUUUGUGUUUUGAAACUGGUGAAAUUGCUUGAGGAUGUUUCCUGGUAUGAUGGAUCCGGAGAUGAUGAGGCUUGCUCAAGAGCAGAUGAGUCGUAUGUCACCCGCCGACUUAUCCAGGAUCCAACAACAGAUGAUGUCUAAUCCCGAUUUAAUGAGAAUGGCUACAGAUAGCAUGAAAUAUAUGAAACCCGAGGACUUGAGGCAUGCUGCAGAACAGUUGAAGUCUACUCGACCAGAUGAGAUGGCAGAGAUAGGUGAGAAGAUGGCCAAUGCAACACCAGAGGAGCUAGCUGCUAUGCGUUCUCGAGUAGAUGCACAAUUAAGCUAUGAAUUAAAUGCAGCUCAGAUGCUGAAAAAACAGGGGAAUGAACUUCACAGUCAUGGAAGGUUUAAAGAUGCCUUGGAGAAGUAUAUGCGGGCAAAAAAUAAUCUAAAAGGCGUUCCUGUGUCUAAAGGUGGAACUCUCCUCCUCGCAUGCUCUCUUAAUUUGAUGUCAUGUUACUUGAAAACGGGACAGUAUGAUGAGUGCAUAGAAGAAGGUACUGAGGUAUUGGCAAGCGAUGCAAGGAAUGUCAAAGCUCUUUAUAGGAGAGGUCAAGCAUAUAAAAGUUUAGGACAACUAGAAAAAGCUGUGUCUGACUUGUCUAAAGCACUUGAAUUUUCCCCUGACGAUGAAACUAUCGCAGAUGUUUUAAGGGAUGCCAAGGAAAGAUUAACUGAACAAGGUGAUGAGGAUGCACCAGGAGGCAUAAGAAUCGAGGAAAUUACUGAUGAAGAGCCAACUCCAUUAUCCGAGAAUCAUCAAACUUCAUCUUCGGAAUUUUCUGAGAGGAAAAAAGCUGUUGGUAAACGAGUGAGCAGUCAAAGUGUGAACACUAGUGCUUGUUUUCCAACCAAGCCGGAAUAUCUGGAGGCUCUAAAGGAUGACAAAGAAUCCAUCAGAUCCUUUCAGAACUUCAUGUCUCAAGCUGAUCCAGAAACCAUGGCAUCUCUGAGUAGUGGGAAAUUUGAAAGCAUAUCUCCUGAUAUGGUGAAGACUGCCUCAAAUGUAAUUAGCAAGAUGCCACCUGAAGAAUUUCAGAAAAUGCUUCAAAUGGCUAGCUCCUUCCAGGGAGAGAACCCAUUGUUGAAUAGGAGCUCCACAGGCUCCAGUUUUGACAGCUCUAAUCAUGGGUCAGGCAUACCCAAUGUCACACCUGACAUGCUUAAAACGGCAAAUGAUAUGAUGAGUAAGAUGCCGGCAGAGGAGCUCCUAAAGAUGUUCGAAAUGGCGUCAUCUUUGAAUGGGAAAUAUCCAUCAUCAGCAGAGGGUGGUUUACAGUCAAAUAGGAAUAAUUCUUCAGAAGGCCAAGAAAGUCGGAGAAGUUCAGAUAAUGGAAAUAAUGUUGAGAGCUAUCCUUCCCAAGGGUUUUUGAAUUCAAGAAGUGCACCUCAACCAAGCUUCCCUAGCCCUAGCUCUGAUAUUCGGGAACAACUGAAGAAUCCAGCCAUGCGUGAGAUGAUGUCAUCAAUGAUGAAAAAUAUGAGCCCUGACAUGAUGGCAAACAUGAGUCAACAAUUUGGAGUUAAACUCUCUCGCGAGGAUGCAGAAAGAGCUCAACAAGCGAUGUCAUCUCUGUCACCGGAGAACCUGGAUAGAAUGAUGAAGUGGGCAGAUCGAAUACAACGAGCUGGUGAAGGUGCUAUAAAAACGAAAAAUUGGCUCCUAGGGAGGCAGGGGUUGGUUAUGGCAUUAUGUAUGCUGGUUUUCGCAAUCUUUCUCCAUUGGCUGGGUUACGUUGGCAGUUAAAAUUAAUCGACAACACACGGAUACUGGAAAGCAUGUUAUCUUCAACGUAAUUUGGGGUGGAAUGCACAGAUUAGAACAAGUUAUUUUUUGUUUUCUUGAGGUGAAAAUUGAAUCAUGUUUUAGUUUUUUGAUAAUGAAUUGUUGGAAUAAGUUAUAAGAAUUACCUGAAUAAUUAUUCUCUCGGC